AUGUACUUUGCCAUCUUCAGACUCCUCCGCGCGAUAGCAAAGAAACGCAAAGAAAAGAAAGCCCAAGCCCAAGCACAAGCUGCAGGAUUCCAAGUCGACCCCCAAUUCCAAUUCAACCACCCGAACCAGAACAAAUCCAAAACCAGCAUCCAAAUGAGUGUCCUCUCCGCCUACAAAACCGGCUCCGGAACCGGUAGUACCUCCCCAGAUGCUGCAGCAAGACACCCGAUCAAGGUCCUGGUCGAGACAAUCCUGCGCUUCUUCCAGUUCGUCCUCGGCGUAACAGUCAUAGGCCUCUACGGGCAAGACGUCAAGCACGACACUGACACGAUCCACGAUAAAUGCGUCUUCGCUGUGAUCACGGGCUCGCUGGCCUCCAUCACGGCGGUGGUUUAUUUACUCCUUCCGUUCGUGUUGAAGGAUCGGCCGCUCUCGGUGCGGACGGUGUGGGAGGGCGUGCUUGUCAUUCUUUGGUUGGUGAUGUUUGGGAUGUUCGGGAAGAUGUAUAUUGGGAACUAUUCGGGUGUUGAUGGGGCGCGGGUUGCGAGGAUGAGGCAUGCUGUUUGGGUGGAUUUGACGGAGUUGCUUUUGUGGGCUGGGACUGCCGGGUGGUCAUUUUUGCGAUGGUGGAAGGGUAGGACUGCUGGUGAGAAGGGUGGUGAUCUCGAGAAGGAGGGUUCCUUGGAGAGUUGA